AUGGGAAGGAAGAGAAUCUCAUGGGUGAAAUGGUCCAAGGUGUGCUCUCCAAAAAUUAAUGGCGAUCUUGGUGUUAAAGAUGUAGGGAUUUUUAAUGAGACACUCCUUACCAAAUGGAAGUGGAGUUGUUUUCACCAACGGAAUGACAUGUGGGUUAAAAUCAUAAAUUCCAAAUAUGGAGGAUGGGAUGCACUUGGAGGUGUGGGAAGCCUUCAGAACCAAUCAAUUUGGUGGAGAGAUAUCAAAAUGGUGCGUGACGGUGAUGAUGGUGAUAGGUGGUUUGAUGUACAGGUGACGUGGAGCCUUGGUGAUGGGAUGAGAACAAACUUUUGGCAUGACAAUUGGAUGGGUGAAGAGCCACACUUUGUUAGAUUUCCUAGAAUGUAUGUCAAUUCCUUGUCCGUGGAGGCUAAAGUGGGUAACUUGGGAUAUUGGGAAGGUGGUGGGUGCAUGGGUCUGGAAUUUUACUAG